CAUGUCACCCUCUGGAAAAAAAAAAGCCAACUUUGUGGCGGAACUCCGGCCGGCCUCGGCGAGUCGGCGGCCACCUCCUCGCCGGCCGUCGCCGAUUGUUUCCUCCGCCAUUCCCGCACCACAUGCCGCUCUAUCUCUCUCUCUCUCUCUCUCUCUCUCUCUCCCAGCAGCAGCAGCAGCAGCUGAGCAACUUGCAUCUUUCCUCCCCAAUUUCCGCCAUCUCUCCUCCUUCAACUAGCUCGGCCCGGCGGCGGCGGCCAUGUCCCGCCGCGUCCUCAGCGCCCCGGACGGCACCAAGGUCUCCCGCUUCAACCUCAUGAAGCUGCAAGGUCGACAAGAAGCGGCUGCUGCUGGCACUGAUAGCCACCACGCCCACCACGCGUUCGAUGAAUUGCUUCACCGACCCACCACCAGCAGCAUCGUCGACCUGAAUCGCGCCCUCUCCGACGCCGCGCGUCACAGCCCAGCCGUCGCCAUCUCCCUCUUCCGCCGCAUGGUGAUGGUGGCCCGACCCAAGGUGCCUCCUAACUUAAUCACCUACAGCGUCGUCAUUGACUGCUGCAGCCGCGUCGGCCACUUGGACCUCGCUUUCGCCGCCCUCGGCCGUGUCAUUAGGUCUGGAUGGACGGCGGAAGCAAUCACCUUCAGUCCUCUGCUCAAGGCUCUCUGCGACAAAAAGAGGACCAGCGAAGCAAUGGACAUUGCGCUGCGACGAAUGCCUGUUCUGGGUUGCACACCCAAUGUCUUCUCCUACACCAUCCUUCUCAAGGGCCUCUGUGAUGAAAACCGGAGUCAACAAGCUCUCCACCUGCUCCACACCAUGAUGGUGGCUGAUGAUACCAGAGGAGGAUACCCACCCGACGUGGUUUCAUACAACACAGUCAUCAACGGCUUGCUUAGAGAGGGUCGUCAGCUGGACACAGCUUAUCACCUAUUUGAUCAAAUGCUGGAUCAGGGGUUGUCGCCUGAUGUUGUGACUUACAACUCGAUUAUCUCUGCCCUUUCCAAGGCUCGAGCAAUGGACAAGGCCGCUGUGGUCCUUGUUAGGAUGGUUAAGAAUGGUGCUAUGCCUAAUCGCAUCACGCACAAUAGUCUUUUGCAUGGAUAUUGCUCAUCAGGAAAGCCCAAUGACGCUAUUGGGGUUUUCAAAAGGAUGUGCAGGGAUGGUGUUGAACCAGAUGUAUUCACUUAUAACACGUUGAUGGGCUAUCUCUGCAAGAAUGGAAGAUCCAUGGAAGCUAGAAAGAUCUUUGACUCUAUGGUCAAGAGGGGCCACAAGCCUAACAGUGCUACCUACGGUACUCUGCUUCAUGGGUAUGCUACUGAAGGAUCUCUUGUUAAGAUGCAUCAUCUAUUGGAUAUGAUGGUACGAAACGGUAUUCAACCUGAUCACUACAUCUUUAACAUAUUAAUAGGCACAUACACUAAACAUGGAAAAGUAGAUGAUGCCAUGCUUUUAUUUAGCAAAAUGAGGAGGCAAGGAUUGAAUCCUGAUACAGUCACCUACGGAAUAGUAAUGGACGCGCUCUGCAUGGUAGGUAAAGUGGAUGAUGCUAUGGCCCAAUUUGGCAGGCUCAUCUCUGAAGGACUAACUCCUGAUGCUGUUGUUUUUAGAAACUUAAUUCAUGGCCUUUGUGCCCGUGAUAAAUGGGACAAGGCUGAGGAGUUAGCUGUUGAAAUGAUCGGUCGAGGCAUCUGUCCCAACAACAUUUUCUUCAACACAUUGUUGAACCACCUAUGCAAAGAAGGAAUGGUUGCAAGAGCCAAAAACAUAUUUGACUUGAUGGUACGUGUAGAUGUGCAGCGUGAUGUCAUUACAUACAACACACUCAUAGAUGGAUAUUGCUUACAUGGUAAGGUGGAUGAAGCAGCAAAGUUACUUGAAGGUAUGGUGUUAGAUGGGGUGAAACCUAACGAAGUUACCUAUAAUACCAUGAUUAAUGGUUACUGUAAGAACGGUAGGAUAGAGGAUGCAUUUUCUCUUUUCAGACAGAUGGCAAGCAAGGGUGUUAAUCCUGGCAUUGUUACCUAUAGCACAAUCCUCCAGGGGUUGUUUCAGGCUAGAAGAACUGCAGCCGCAAAAGAACUCUAUCUUUGGAUGAUUAAAAGUGGGAUAAAGUUUGAUAUCGGCACAUACAACAUAAUACUUCUAGGACUUUGCCAAAACAAUUGCACUGAUGAUGCUCUCCGAAUUUUUCAGAACCUAUAUUUGAUUGAUUUCCACCUAGAGAAUAGGACUUUUAACAUUAUGAUUGAUGCGUUACUUAAAGGUGGCAGGCAUGAUGAAGCUAAGGAUCUGUUUGCUUCUCUCUUGGCUAGAGGUUUAGUGCCGAAUGUUGUGACCUACUGGUUAAUGAUGAAAAGUUUGAUAGAACAAGGGUUGCUAGAAGAGUUGGAUGAUUUAUUUCUUUCUUUGGAGAAGAAUGGUUGUACAGCUAACUCCCGAAUGCUAAAUGCUUUAGUUGGAAAGUUACUACAGAAAGGGGAGGUACGCAAGGCUGGGGUUUAUCUCUCCAAAAUUGAUGAAAAUAACUUCUCCCUUGAAGCUUCCACGGCUGAGUCGCUGGUUUUGCUGGUUUCAAGUGGCAAAUACGAUCAACAUAUAAAUGCUAUCCCUGAAAAGUAUCGUCCUGUUGUGAAAACAAGGGCUGUUUGACACAGCCUGUAGCUAUCUAGUUGGCCUCAAAAAUUCACCAUGCUCCUUAAAUUUAUGUAUAUCUUUCACUGGAUGAGUUUCUCACAGACCAAAAGCUCUUUUCCCUGUUGAAUAUUGUUUGCAAUCUUGGAUGUGAAGUUCUGUAUCAAGAAAAUCGUUCGUGAUGCUGUUGAAUUAUGAAAUCAUUAUAUAUUCCCAAACAA